AUGGUGAACCGCUGCCCUUUCUUUUUUCUCCUGCUCUUGUUCAGUUAUGUCUUGUACUUAGUUAUUGGGGCCUUUGUGUUCUCCAUCUUGGAACAACCCUAUGAGGAUCAGCUGAGGGAGCAGGUGGAGGACUUGUGGAAUGAGUUCUUGGAGAAUCACCCAUGUCUAUCUGAGGAGCUCCUGGAUGACUUUCUCCGGAAAGUGUUUUUGGUCAAGAGCUUUGGUGUGUCGGUUCUGAGGAACAUAUCUGGUAUUGAAUUGAAGUGGGAUUUUGUAUCUUCUCUGUUCUUCACUGGUACUACACUUACCACUAUAGGUUAUGGUCAUCCUGUCCCCAUCUCACUGGGUGGAAAGAUAUUUUGCCUGUUCUAUUCGAUCAUUGGAAUCCCAUUCACUUUAUCCUUAUUGUCUAUUGUUGCCCAGAACCUUCUCUUCCUACUUCGUGACAAGCUCAUCCAUAUUCUUCACCUGCGGUGUCCCUUUCCCUGGAAGAAACUAGAGUUGAUCCAUGCCUGUGUCUUGAUCUCCCUCCUCUUGUUACUCUUCUUUUUCAUUCCUGCAAUUGUUUUUAAUGCUGUUGAAGAAAACUGGGGCUACGUGGAUGCGCUGUAUUUUUGUUUUAUCUCUUUAAGUACUGUUGGCCUUGGAGAUUAUGUUCCCGGGGAGAAAAGUGGCCAGCGAAUGCCAGCUCUCUACAAGAUUCUGAUUAUCUGUUAUUUAUUAUUUGGGCUAAUUGCCGUGUUUCUUGUGGUUGAAAUAUUAAAGAAUCUUCUGAACUGCAGCCAGUUCUUCAAUCUGUUCUUAUUUGGGUGUGACGGUAGCCAGAGAGCGGAAGAGAUUCAACAUCAGGCGCCAUAUGACUCGGAGCUUCCUUUUGCGCCUAAACAUGAUGAAACGACGAGGAGGAGGCUUCCACACUCGGCGUCUCCCACUGAGAAGUCGUAUGGGACCAUCAACCUGUCUUUUAGCUGA